GCCAGAAAUAAAAGUGCAGAAGAAGAAGACUUGCCUCCUGCUUACAGGAAAUGUUGACUUCAUCAGCCUGCUGGGUGCAUGCAUGUCUGUCUCUGUUGUCUUCAUCAGAUUAACCCCAACAUAUCGCUGGUCCAGAGAGUGGAUGCUGCCUUCACGUCCUGCUGGUCUCCAUCCUCCCAUUUCAGCUGAGCCUCAACUCCGAAUGUGUGUGUUGCAAGUUGAUGGUGUGUGCACCUGACUGUGCCUAUUGGCCCACCAUGUCCCCGUGUCCCUCAACGCUCCAGCUGACUCCAUUGGUGUGUCUUGGCCUCCUCUGUCUGCUGCUGCUCUUCACUGACUCCACAGUAUCUAAGAAGGGCUCAACCCAGCCUCUGAACACAACACAAGCUAACUGCUCCACUGCACUCAUUCCUGGAGGUGUUUGUUCCCCGGGGGAUAAUGGUGAUGUCAGUGUAAAUGCAACCGAUCUACAACUGAAAGGGCACUUAAAAGGCGAACAGGAGGACCAGUUUCCCACCAGCUCAUCUUUGUCCGUCAGCCAUACCUCCAUCAGCCACGCGUUAAAUGACUCUGUAGCGCUCAUCCAGCCUUCUACCAUCACAGGCUCGCCCACGCCGGCGGCUCACACCGAACCCACCAGCAGCGCUGGUGCUACCACGACCGCAGCUACACAACCUGUUGGGAACGUAGUCCCAACCGCUUCGCUGGGGACUUCUGCAACCACGCCAGCACCACCGUCUGCUGCCACCAACAGCUACGUCUACCACAGCUACGUCUAUAACCGCUACGUCUACCACAGCUACAUCUACAACCGCUACGUCUACCACACUGACGACUACAAAAACAACAGCAAUAACUACACCACCAUCUGCUGCCACAACAGCUACGUCUACAACAACGCCAACAUCUACAGCAGCAGCCACAGCUCCACACCCUUCAACAUCUGUAAAAGCAAGAACCAGACAUACAACGGCUAACCCAACCGUUGCUAUGACUACAACCACCGGUACA